AUGUCUACUGAUUCGACUCCAAGAGUUCUUUCAAUACAAAGUCAUGUAGUUCAUGGAUACGUUGGGAAUAAAAGCGCGGUUUUUCCGCUCCAAGUCUUAGGUUUUGAAGUGGAUGCUAUAAACACUGUUCAGUUUUCAACACACACUGGUUACAAGCAUAUUAAAGGCACUAUCCUUAAAAAUGAGGAAAUGGCUGAACUCAUAGAAGGGCUUGCUCUUAAUGAAGUUGACUAUUACACACAUUUCCUGACAGGAUAUUCUAGAUCUCCAGAUUCAUUAAAACAAAUAGCAAGUAUAAUUACCAAAUUGAAACAGAAGAAUCCAAACUUAAUUUAUGUAUGUGACCCGGUAAUGGGUGACAAUGGCAAGAUGUAUGUGCCAGAUGAAGUAUUGCCCGUGUACAGAGACAUAUUGGUACCACUAGCCGAUAUACUAACACCAAAUCAGUUUGAAGCUGAACAAAUUACCGGAUUGACCAUGAAUGAUCUGGAUGGUGCUUUAAAAAUCAUUGAUGCUUUACACAAUAAGGGAGUUAAGACUGUGGUAUUAUCUAGCACAGAUCUUGGAGAUGAACAGAAUAUGAUUGGCAUUGCCAGUAAUAAAGAUUCUUGCUACAAAAUCGUGAUACCAAAAUUCGGUGCAACAUUUACGGGUACUGGAGACUUAUUUGCCGCUCUUUUUAUGGCUUGGUCUCACAAAACUAAUAAGAAUCUGAAACUGACACUAGAAAAAACAAUUGCGACGCUACAAUACAUCGUCAAGGACACUUUUGAUAAAGCGAGAGCUGUGCAAGCGACAGGAAAGGUUUCUCCAGCGCUCAUAGAAUUGAGACUCGUCCAAAAUAAAACAACGAUUGAAGAUCCCAAAAUUAUUAUAGAAGCCACUAAAAUGAAAGGCUAG